GCGGCCUCCGCUGCCAGAGCCUCUCCUGUCCGCCCUGCAGCGUUCAAACCUGUCGACCUGGGUGACCUGAAGAGGAGGAACACACAGGACGCCAAGAAGUCCUAA